AUGGAGGUGAAUCAAGAACUGUCGCCCCCGAGCACCCCCCGUCCUCCGCAUACCAUCUUUACCGGCUUCCAGAAGACAUACAUUAUCUUUAUGGCCUCUGGGGCCGGCUUCUUUUCGUCCGUGUCUGCUCCCAUUUACUUUCCUGCACUCAAUGUUCUGGCCGAGGACCUCGGUGUGACAACUGCGUUGAUCAACUUGACCUUAACGAGUUACAUGAUUGUUCAGGGGAUCUCUCCCAUGUUCCUCGGGACCUUCGCAGACAACUACGGCCGCCGACCCGCGUACAUCAUCUGCUUCAUUAUCUACAUCGCAGCGAACGUCGGACUCGCCCUCCAGAGCAACUUUGUAGCGCUUCUGCUCCUGCGCUGCGUCCAGAGUGCCGGAUGUAGUAGCACUAUAUCCUUGGCUGCAGCAGUGGUCGCCGAUGUCAGCACCAAGGAGGACCGCGGAUCAUACAUGGGCUUGGUCAUGGCCGGUUCCUACGUAGGAACGGCCGUGGGCCCUGUCUUUGGCGGUCUUCUAACGCAGUACCUCGGGUGGAAGUCGAUUUUCUGGUUUCUGACCAUAACCAGUGCCGUCUUCUUUCUGGCUCUUCUGCUCUUCUUCCCGGAGACCGCACGCAAUGUCGUCGGGAAUGGAUCCAGCCCGCCCCAGAAGUGGAAUCGUCCAUUAAUGCACUACCUCUGGUUCCGAACAACUGUUUCCCAACGCCCGGUUACAAGUGACAGCUCCCUCGACCAGGCCAUUCCCCUUUCUUCUUUUGACCAGCUACCGAAGAAAGACAUCACCUCCCAGAAGCCCAGUUACAUCAAGUCCGUGGCGUCGAUCUUCCAGAAGCGGUCCAUCGUCCUCCUCAUCGCAACCGGAGUCAUGUUUGCUAGCUACAUGCUCGUUAAUUCCGCAAUCCCCUCAACCUUUGACAAGGUGUAUGCCCUCAACAACCUCCAAGUAGGUCUGUGCUAUCUGCCCAUCGGCCUGGGUGCGAUUCUAUCUGUUCUCGGGACAGGAAAACUCUUGGACAGCUACUACCGCCACUUGAAAUCCGAGGCGGCAAAUGGCCUCCAUAACCCUGAAUCCCCGAAACAGAAGUCAGUCCCGAUCGAAAAGGCUCGCUGCACCAUCGGCGCCCCGUUAGGCGUCGCCGGGGCUCUAGCAGUCUUAGCAUUCGGCUGGGUCUUGAAAUUCGAAGUCCACCUCGCGGCGCCGGUGACGUUUCUUUUCUUUAUCUCUCUGGCGCUGAAUGGGGCUUUCAACUGCUCUGCUACUCUCCUUGUAGACUUCCAUCCGUCUUCGCCGGCCACCGCAACAGCUAUGAACAAUUUGUUCCGUGGGCUGAUGUCGGCAGGGGCCACGGCGUUUCUGGAUCCCAUGUUGAAUGGCAUGGGGCGGGGAUGGGGGUUUACGCUGGUCGCUGUGGUGGUCAUGGGCACGGCGGUUAUGUUGGGACUGCUUGGUUGGGUGAAGCGGAGUGAGGAGAAGGAUCCUGACCAGGAUGACGAUGAAUCGGUCGAUUGUGUUGUCACGGUUCAGCCUUCAAAGAAGUCGGAUGGCUCCUCUGAUGCUACAAGGGGUUGUUAG